AUGGCAGUUUCACUAUUAGCCUACGUGAUCACCUUUUUCGUGUUUCUAUGCAAUUACGCUCUGACAUUGACUGCCACAGUGAUACCCAAAUGGUUGUCGUUUGUUGCACCCAUGCCUCUGUAUAUGGAAACGGAUUAUGGUCUCUUUAGGCUUUGUAGAAGCUUUACGCGGGAUUGUCGGCCAUUUCCAUCCGACGAUCAAGGAGACUGUAGCGAAGAUGGCUUUUGUGAAUUAUGGCGAGCGGCAGCAGCAGGCAUGGUCCUUGCAGCUAUCCUUGGCGGAUUAACGAUUGUAGCGUUACUUGGUGUCAUGUGCAGCAAUCGACGAAAGCGAGCAAGAGCAUGGAUGACUCUCUCUGGACUCUUUGUACUUCAUGCAUUACCACAAGCGUUCGCAAUGGGCAUCAUGGCCUAUUUAUUCAAUACCAGCGCUACAUUCUACGUUGGCACUCGAUACAACAUGUCCUUUAUCCUUGGUACCAUUAGUUGGUGUCUUAGUAUCUUUCUAGCUGCUAUUCUUGCUCUUGUCGCCAUCCUCAGUCCUCCAGAAUAUGCAUACCAACCCAUUCAUUAG